GACUGGUCGCAAGCCGUCGCUCUCAUUAUCUAUUUUGUCAUUCAGCACAAUUAUUUCAACAUUCAGCUCAACUAUUUCAUAAUGCUUCUGCAUCACGCUAAUCAGCUGAACAACACCAGGUGAAAUGCUCAAAAGAGCUGUACUCAAAUGAUGCUUACCCAAUUUAACAGGAUAUCAACAUACUUCACUUCAUAAUCAAGUCACUCGCCGCAUGAAAACUACUCAAAACAGUUGCUUCAUCAUGAUGAAAGACAACAAAAGCUUUGCUGAAUGCGCAAUGUACACGACAACUCUCAGUGCUACCCGCAACCUCAGACAAAGCAGUUCACAAAUUCAAAAUGAUCUUUUUAAUAUAUUUGGUGAUCGCAAUAUCCGCGCUAGUUGCAUAUCUUAUAUAUAGCAACACAACGUUUUGGCUGAAUCGAGGAAUUCCACAGGAUCCUCCACAUCCAUUCUACGGCAACAUGAUUGGCUUCCGCAAGAAUCGUGUUAUACACGAUAUUUUCGAGGAAUAUUAUAACAAAUUCCGAAAGGCAGGUCAUCCGUUUGUGGGUUUCAGUUUUCUGUUUAAGAAAGGUGCCCUCAUCAUAGACAUUGAGUUAGCCAAGAAUGUGUUAAUCAAGGAUUUCAGCAACUUUGCCGAUCGCGGGCAGUUUCACAAUGUGGAAGAUGAUCCUUUGUCUGGACAUCUUUUCAACUUAGACGGCAAGAGAUGGAGACAAAUGAGACAGAAACUUUCGCCCACUUUUACUUCCGGUAAAAUGAAGUUCAUGUUCCCCACAGUCAUCAAGGUGUCCGAGGAGUUUGUUAAGGUUAUGUUUGAAGAAGUCCCAGCCAAAUCUGGAGGUGCUAUUCUCGAGAUCAAAGAACUGAUGGCUUGCUUCACCACUGACGUCAUUGGCUCCUGUGCCUUUGGCAUUGAGUGCAACACUCUUCGCACUCCAGACACCGAUUUUCGUAAGAUGGGAAGUAAGGCUCUAACCGAUUUUCGUCAUGGUGCUUUACUCACAGCUUUCAUAUUCAGUUUUCCGGAACUGGCGAACAAGCUGCAUAUGCGUAUGAUACCAGAUGAUGUCCAUGGGUUCUUCAUGGGAUUGGUAAACGAAAAAAUCGCAUAUAGAGAAAAAGAGAAUAUCAAGCGCAACGAUUUUAUGGAGAUGCUGAUUGAACUCAAAAAGAAGGGAAGUUACACACUAGAGAAUGGCGAAGUGGUCAAGGGACUGGAUAUUGGAGAGCUCGCAGCUCAAGUCUUUGUGUUCUAUGUGGGUGGCUUUGAAACAUCCUCUUCUACCAUGAGCUAUGCUCUCUAUGAGCUAAGUCAGCAUCAGGAUAUACAGGAUAAGCUUAGAGAACACAUUAAUAGUGUCUUACAGCAACACGAAGGAAAACUAACUUAUGAAAGUAUCAAAGCAAUGGAUUACUUGGAUCAGGUCAUAUCGGAAACUCUGCGUCUCUAUACAAUCGUGCCUUUCUUGGAGCGGAAAGCUCUAAAAGAUUAUGUUGUUCCCGGUCAUCCCAAACAUGUUAUACCAAAGGGAAUAACCGUUUACAUACCUGCAGCUGCCUAUCACCGGGACGAAGAUCUAUAUCCCGACCCCAUGAAAUUCGAUCCCGAACGCUUCUCAGCCGAACAAGUUGCCAACCGCAACUCUGUCGAGUGGUUGCCUUUUGGCGAUGGUCCAAGGAACUGUGUGGGAAUGCGUUUUGGCCAAAUGCAGACACGUAUUGGCCUGGCCCAGCUGAUAAAGAACUUUAAGUUCUCGGUGUGCGAUAAGACUGACAUUCCACUUAUCUAUAAUACCAGAUCGGUUGCAUUGGGCACAGUGGGUGGCAUAUUUGUGCGGGUCGAGCGAAUUUGAACUGCAAUUGCUAAAUAGAAAAAUAAAUGUGUUGGAAUAAUGAUGUAUGAUUUUAAGUUAUACAUUGAUUACGUAUUACGAGAGAAUGAAAUAUGACCUAACAUCAUAAAAUAAAUUGUACUUAAGUACAUAGUGGAAACAGCAAAAGCAAAAAAAUAUUAAUUUUUCAAUAUGUGCAAAGCUAGUAAUCAUAAAUGUUGAAAUGCCCGACUGCGAAAUUACCGCUCCCAUUUUAUAGAAUACUCAUACAAAUUUUUUAUUUGUGUCGUUCAAAGUAGUUAUCUUGCACUAUCAAGAUAGUAAGCCAUGAUAUUAACAUUAGCAUUACUUGACUACUUUACUAAACGGUUGACUGUUGAGUAUAAAAAAAACUUAACGUUAACGUCGGCUGUUAAAUAACAGAACUGAUGUAUUCAUAUCGCUUACAUUUUUUCUCUUAGUGGGAGUAACUGUUAAUAUACUCUAUGAAAUUAUCAAGCAUUUCGAUUAACGGAGUGAGAUGGAGACGGAAUAAAAUUUUGAAAGUGAAUGUUUAAUAUAAACAUGCAAUUUCUUUAAACUUGAAACCUGAUAAUACAUGAUUUAACUUUGGUUUCUUAAUUACAAUUCAAACCAUAU